AUGAAAGGAAUUUGUGUUAUCUUUUUAUUUAUUUUCGGUGUUUGUUUUGCUAAUCCCGAUGCGAAAAGGCUAUAUGAUGAUCUUUUAAGCAAUUACAAUAGACUUAUACGGCCUGUUGACAAAAACAACAAUACUGUGCUUGUGAAAUUAGGACUGCGACUCUCUCAACUCAUUGACCUGAACCUGAAAGAUCAAAUCCUAACAACCAACGUUUGGCUUGAACAUGAAUGGGAGGAUCACAAAUUUAAAUGGGACCCUCUAGAAUACGGCGGUGUGAAGGAACUUUAUGUGCCUUCCGAGCACAUUUGGCUUCCGGAUAUCGUUCUAUAUAACAAUGCCGACGGAGAAUACGUUGUGACGACUAUGACGAAAGCAGUUCUGCAUCACACUGGCAAAGUUCUUUGGACUCCACCAGCUAUUUUCAAAUCAUCCUGCGAAAUCGACGUUAGAUAUUUCCCGUUCGAUCAACAAACGUGCUUUUUGAAGUUUGGUUCGUGGAGCUAUGAUGGCGAUCAGAUUGAUUUGAAGCAUAUAAACCAGAAAAAGGGGGAUAUGGUGGAAGUCGGUAUAGACCUCCGGGAAUACUACCCCUCUGUAGAAUGGGACAUAUUAGGGGUGCCCGCUGAAAGGCACGAGAGAUACUACCCUUGCUGCCAAGAGCCCUAUCCUGAUAUCUUCUUCAAUAUAACAUUGCGGAGGAAAACUCUCUUUUACACAGUUAACUUAAUCGUGCCGUGUGUGGGAAUAUCAUACUUGUCUGUCCUGGUAUUCUAUUUGCCAGCCGAUUCUGGAGAGAAAAUUGCUUUAAGUAUCUCGAUAUUGCUCUCUCAAACCAUGUUUUUUCUUCUCAUCUCAGAAAUUAUUCCAUCCACCUCUCUCGCUCUUCCGCUGCUUGGAAAAUAUCUUUUAUUCACGAUGUUAUUAGUGGGAUUGUCGGUGGUAAUAACUAUUGUAAUAUUAAACGUGCACUAUCGUAAACCGAGCACUCAUAAGAUGGCACCUUGGGUUAGGAAGUUCUUUAUAACAAAGCUGCCUAAGUUGCUUUUGAUGAGAGUUCCAAAGGACUUAUUAAGAGAUUUGGCGGCGCAAAAGAUAGCUGGGAGAAGUAUGAAGAAAAAUAAGUUUAAGGACGCUUUAGCGGCUGCAGAACAGACCAACUCGAAUGCUUCUAGUCCUGAUUCUCUACGCCAUCACUUACCAGGAGGUUGUAAUGGAUUACACUCCACUACAGCAACUAAUCGGUUUAGUGGACUUGUUGGCGCAUUAGGAAGCUUGGGGGCUGGCUACAAUGGACUCCCCUCAGUCAUGUCCGGUCUGGAUGAUUCUCUUAGCGAUAUUACUCCACGAAAGAAAUACCCCUUCGAACUGGAGAAAGCCAUACACAACGUUAUGUUCAUACAGCAUCACAUGCAAAGGCAAGAUGAGUUUAAUGCGGAAGAUCAAGACUGGGGUUUUGUCGCCAUGGUCCUAGAUAGACUUUUCCUAUGGAUAUUUACCAUCGCAUCAAUUGUGGGAACUUUCGCCAUACUCUGUGAAGCUCCUUCCUUGUAUGACGAUACGAAGCCCAUAGAUAUGGUAUUGUCGUCUGUAGCACAGCAACAAUUCUUACCUGUUGAUAGUGGUGAUUCA